UGUCUCCUCCAAGGUCAUGGUCACCGCGGCAGACCCUGAGCUACCUCUGGGCAGAGACAUGAGCUCCUGAGCCUGUUCCUGGCCGGGGGGCUCCGUCCAGCCGCCCUGCCUCCCCCCGAGGCUGGCCUCCGGAGCGGGUCCGAGAGACGCCUGCAGGAGGUGCCCGCUCCCACCACCCCCGCACCCGGCGCCAUCUCAGGGUCACCGGACUAGGAUGGGGGAUGGGCCUGUGACAGGAGGCGGCCCGGGCGUCCUCUUCCGGCCCCAUGGAGUCCUCGCCCGUCCCCCAGCCAUCAGGGAACUCUUCCGCCCCGGGGAGGGCCCCCCAAACCCCGGGCCCCUCGACGGCCAGCGGGGCCCCCGAGGCGGGGCUGCGGGACGUGGCCUCGGAGUCCGUGGCCCUCUUCUUCAUGCUCCUGCUGGACCUGACCGCCGUGGCCGGCAACGCCGCCGUGAUGGCCGUCAUCGCCAAGACGCCCGCCCUCCGCAAGUUCGUCUUCGUCUUCCACCUCUGCCUGGUGGACCUGCUGGCCGCCCUGACCCUCAUGCCCCUGGCCAUGCUCUCCAGCUCCACCCUCUUUGACCACGCCCUGUUCGGGGAGGUGGCCUGCCGCCUCUACGUGUUUCUGAGCGUGUGCUUCGUCAGCCUGGCCAUCCUGUCCGUGUCGGCCAUCAACGUGGAGCGCUACUACUAUGUGGUCCACCCCAUGCGCUACGAGGUGCGCAUGACGCUGGGGCUGGUGGCCUCCGUGCUGGUGGGCGUGUGGGUGAAGGCCUUGGCCAUGGCCGCCGUGCCCGUGCUGGGCAGGGCCUCGCGGGAGGAGGGGGUGCCCGGCCUGCCCCCGGGCUGCUCCCUGCAGUGGAGCCGCAGCGCCUACUGCCAGCUGUUCGUGGUGGUGUUCGCCGUCCUGUACUUCCUGCUGCCGCUGCUGCUCAUCCUGGUGGUGUACUGCAGCAUGUUCCGCGUGGCCCGCGUGGCCGCCCUGCAGCGCGGGCCGCUGCCCACCUGGAUGGAGACGCCGCGCCAGCGCUCCGAGUCGCUCAGCAGCCGCUCCACCAUGGUCACCAGCUCGGGGGCGCACCAGACCACCCCGCACCGGACGUUUGGGGGCGGCAAGGCGGCCGUGGUCCUGCUGGCCGUCGGGGGCCAGUUCCUGCUGUGCUGGCUGCCCUACUUCUCCUUCCACCUCUACGCGGCCCUGAGCGCCCAGCCCGCGUCCGCGCGGCAGGUGGAGAACGUGGUCACGUGGAUCGGCUACUUCUGCUUCACGUCCAACCCCUUCUUCUACGGCUGCCUCAACCGGCAGAUCCGCGGCGAGCUCAGCAAGCAGUUCGUCUGCUUCUUCAAGCAGGCCCCCGAGGAGGAGCUGCGGCUGCCCAGCCGGGAGGGCUCCAUCGAGGAGAACUUCCUGCAGUUCCUGCAGGGCACCGGCUGCGCCACCGAGUCCUGGGGGGCCCGGCCCCUCCCCAGCCCCAAGCAGGAGGCCGCGGCGGCGGCCGUGGACUUUCGGAUCCCGGGCCAGAUAGCCGAGGAGACCUCCGAGUUCCUGGAGCAGCAGCUCACCAGCGACAUCAUCAUGUCCGACAGCUACCUCCGUCCGGCCCCCUCGCCUCGGCCCGCAUCCUGACGGGCAGCAGGCUGGACAUCGCGGAGGGAGGGGGGCCCGGGCCGGCCAGGACCGCGAGGAGCAGCGCCCGGUGGC